GCAAUUCCUUUCAUUCCGACAUUAAUAACGUCACGGACUUGAAUAACGUCAGGUCCGUAAGUAACGAUACGAUGUCAUUCAGUUUAUUGUUCCACAUACGUAGCUCUUUGUAUACGGAAUACGUCAAAUACCUCCGACAGAGAAACUAAUGAAUGCUCGUAAUCGUUUGAAGAAUUUUAUUGAACUUUCAACUAUCCUUGUGCGCGGAUGUGUGGACUCGUAAAUAAAAAAAUGAACGCGCAAGAGGUAGUCGAGGAAUUGACGCAAGUAUGCAUUCAAAUGCGCUCUCAUCUAGAUGACUUUACCGAACGAAAGGAUAAGGAGGCGUUAAUUCUAAAACACAUAAAACGAUAUGAGAAUUCCGGUGCAGAAAUUCAGGAUUUUCCGAAAGGCUUGGAGUGGUUCAAUGUGUCGGAAGGAUUAUCAUUUGCGCAGCAUUUGAAAGGAAAAAUCGUACUUUUGGAUUUUUUUACUUAUUGUUGCAUCAAUUGUAUGCAUGUUUUAGCUGAAUUAGAAGAGGUUGAAAAAAAAAUCUCUGUAGAAGAUGGUCUUGUUGUGAUUGGAAUUCACAGUGCAAAAUUUACAAAUGAACGUAGUUCAAAAAAUGUCUUAUCUGCAGUGCAAAGAUAUAAUAUUGCACAUCCUGUGGUAAAUGAUAUGACAUUAAGGAUGUGGUACAAUAUGGGAAUUACAUGUUGGCCUAGCCUUGUCAUGUUAGGACCUAGCGGUCAGCCAUUGGCUGUUUUUGUUGGUGAAGAUCACAAAGACGAAAUACUGUUAUAUACAAAAGUAAUGAUAGCAUAUUUCAAAUCUUUAAAUCAAAUAUCGAACCAUAGUCUUCCAAUGAAGCCGGCGAAUCACCUGUUACCAUUUUUUAAAGAUGGUUUAUUGUUUCCUGGUAAAUUAGCCAUUUUUUCAUCUGAACAAGGAACAAAGCUCAUCAUAUCAGAUAGCGGCAAUAAUAGAAUUGUCAUCGCGACUGAACAUGGAGAAGUGGAGCACUAUAUAGGUGGAUACAAUCAGGGUUUUAAAGAUGGCGAUUUCAAAAAUGCCAGAUUUAAUUCACCUCAAGGGGUCUGUGUACUCAAUAAUACAAUCUAUGUUGCGGAUAAUAACAAUCAUGCCAUUAGAAAAAUAAAUCUGACCAAAAAAAACGUAUCUACCAUAGCGGGCACUGGUUUACAAGGUCACGACCGCCAAGGUGGAAAACACGGUAUUAAUCAGGUUUUAUCAUCUCCUUGGGAUGUAGCAAUCUAUCAUCACGAAUAUAAAGGUAGCAUUGUGCCAAUCUUAUUAAUCGCUAUAGCGGGUACUCAUCAGAUCUGGGCAUUAUUUUUGGAAGACACUACUUGGUGGAAGGAAAAAAAAUACUCAGCAGGCACAUGCGUUGCUAUUGUCGGAAGUGGCCGGGAAGAAAAUCGUAAUAACAGUUAUCCUCAUGCCGCUGGGUUAGCACAACCUUCUGGUAUAGCAGUUGUUCAAGAAUAUAAAAUUGCAUUUUUCGCAGACAGUGAAAGCAGUGCUAUUAGACGGUUGCACUUAGACAACGGUCGGGUCUCUGCUGUUUGUGGAGGAGACAAAAAUCCAAUGAACUUACAUGCUUUUGGAGACGUAGAUGGAAAAGAAUUUUCGGCUAAACUUCAACAUCCAUUGGGUAUAGCAUGGGAUCAUUUGAAUAAACGAAUUUAUAUAGCUGAUACUUAUAAUCACAAGAUUAAAACUGUAGAUACUACAACAGGAUAUUGUAAGACUUUAUUUGGUGCAGGAAAACCUGAUCGCACAUUUUCUUUCAAUGAACCAGGUGGCCUUGCUAUCAACCCAGAUAGUAACAUUCUUUAUGUGGCAGAUACCAAUAAUCACGCUAUUAAAAUUAUUGACCUCACAAACGAGAAAAUUUCAACUAUGGUUAUAUCUAGACCUGAUUCAAAUGAAAAUAUUGAGAAAAUAUAUACUUUUGAUACAUCGAUUAAUACUCAUGGUGGAGAAUUAAAUAUUCUAUUUAAUAUCGUAUUUUCAAAUGAUUUGAAGUUAAAUGUAGAUGCACCACAAGAAUGGCAUGUGUCCUUACCUGUAAAUACAUGGACAGCAAGCUCUUUAACAGGUGGACUUUCAACUCCUGUGUCGGUGAAACUUCCUGCAGAUGAAGAGCAAAAUCAAUUGCGCAUUACAUUAAACAUAAUGGCUUGCACAGUCGACAUGUGUAUACCACUAAAGCUGUCUGUACUGUUUAAUGUGCAUCGAAAAACGGAUGCACCGAUAAUUGUGACUGAAGAGAAAAAACUCGUUGUUGGCUAG